UUGCCUAGUAACAGUUGAGUUUUGGUGCUUGUAGUCAUUUGUACACGUAUUUUUUUAAUCCAGUUUUAUAGUUGUAUGUCGAAUUACGAAAUGUCAUCUUGACAUAUUUGUAGGAUACAUUUCCUUUUUUGCUCUUUACUGUUGUCUGCCUUUGCGUAUUCCACUUUUUGUGAUUAAACAGAAAAGUUUGUGUUGGCAAUUUUCACAUAGCUUUGCGUUGACCAUCUUCUUUCGGACCACAUACAAAGCUUUCAGUCAGUUGUUUAGCUUCCUUACGGAGUUUAACAUCUAAAGACGGAGCUUUGAAAUAAAUGGUCCAAAUACAGAUAAUAUAAAAAUAUAUUGCGUCUUUACAACUGUUUAUUAAAUUGUAUUAGGAUUCACAGAAACAUUGUGCGUGUUUCUGUGUGCUUUUCACAGGUGGGAUGAUGGUGGACAGACAAUAAGAUGCAUCGUGAUGUGAAAAAACCUUUCAUCUGUUUUCGCAGAGAAAAGUACAUUCGUUUUAUCAGGGUCUAAUACCUAGGCGUUGCUUUAGAAAAAAAAAAUGGCUUCUGCGAGAAACACAAACUGUAAUUCAAAACUACACAAUUCAAGAGCAUCCACCAGACAGCUGUCAGACAGAAGCGAAGUGUCAGUCACAAGAGCAGCUCAACGCCCCAGAGAGCAGUGUCAUGUGACUGGUGUGGCAGUGCCACUGUGUGGGGCACGGGCCCCUGUCAGGAUGGAGUCAAAGUCAAGAGUUAUUGGUAGAGAGAAGAUGGCAAAAUCAGUGAGGGAUAAAUCGACACAGGUAUCUCUUCUUCACAAUAGUUUACUGGAAAGGAAUGCAGCUCUUGAGAAAGAAAUCUUGCAUCUAAAAGGCGAAUUAAAGGAAAAGGUCCUGUGCAUGUCCAGUUUAUCCACACUAAUACAGGAAAAGGAUGAACAUUUGAAAGAACUGACUUCUGAAAGAGAGCUCCAUUGUCAGACCAAAGCUCAGCUGCAGAAAGCCGAAAUGGCAGUGCAAGAACAGAUGCAGAUAAAUCACGAACGCACUUCAGCCUGUGAACAAACAAUCAAGGAGCUGAAAUUGCUGCAUAAUGUGAAUAUUGCAGAGUUAAAAAAAGAGAUGGACUCUGAGAGACACAGCAACAAUGAAAAAAUCAGCAAGUUGAAACAACAGGUCUCAGACAUCCUUGAAGGAAGAUCUUGGGAGCGACAUCAACAGCUUGAGGAUCUCACUAAGGAAAUAGUCAGACUGACUGAAGAAACCAAAACUCUAAAGAAACAAUUAACAGCAGAGCAAAUUCCAAAAAUGUGUAAAAAUUGUAAAUCCUUACAAUCAAGAUUAGAAGAGAAGACCUUGCAGCUCAGACUUAAGGAAAAGACUGUAGAAGAACUGCACAACUUUUGCAAGAGGUUUGAGAAACAGCUGACACAGCAGUGCUGAAUGGAAAAGUUAACUGUAGGAGUGAAGUGUCUCUCUUUGACAUUACUACUGGCCCUUGGGAACUUAGGAAGUCAUAGGAAUUGCCUACACAAAGGUCAGGAGAACUCUGGUUAACUAAUCCUAGCCCUCCACGGUAAAGGGCUAACUCUUUUUACUAAAAAUGCAGCAAAAUUGUUUACCGAUUACUAUUUCCUACUGGAAUUUAUAAUUUAUAUUAAGCAUUAACAUGUUUAUGUAUUGGUUAGAGUAUCCUGAUGGACUUCUAUAGAUGGAAGUGUCAUUAUACAGUAUAUUGAUACACCUUUGGACAUUGUUUUCAAAUUAAACUGAACUUCUUCAAAAGGUACUGCUGCAUACCUCAAGGAACAUAUAGAAUGCAAGUUUAAAUGGAGUAACUAAUUUCAUUAUACUAGAUAUCUGACAAUUACAUUUUGAACAUAACAGGAACAUGAUAAGCAUUCUGUGUGCUAUGAACUAAACAUUGUUAAUAAGGUCUCGAAGACGUAUGUACCGUAGUAAGCUAAUAGCUGACAUAAAAAGGAAGCUAGCAAAUGAAGUUUGGGAGGAAUAACAGCAUGUUAAUCUCACCCAGCCGUUCUCAAGAUGUUUGUCCAGCUUACAGCUAUCCAUCCCCUUUCCUCGUCCUCAGGCCAGGGGGCUACCAAGUAACCAAGUGGGUUGAGACAAAACUGUCCUACUAAAAUAAUCCACAUUUACAAAGCAUCUGAUCUUGGAUGUUGUUAUUCCUUGUGACUUUCAGUUAAGCUCAAUAGUUAUAAAUUAUCUGAAUGUACCUAAGCUCAAACAAAAGACAUGGCUUGCAUUGUAAUUUUCUUUAUAUAUUCUAUAUGUAAAGGAACAAGUAAUAGGUUUAUUCCAUGCUGAAAAAAAGAAGAAAGAGAACACAACGUUUCGGCCAUGGAGCCUUCUGUAUGCUACAUUUACAGUCAAUCUGAAAUUUAUUCCUGUCAUCUGUGGAUCUUUUAGUUUACAUUUCUGUAGACACAAAGCCUAAAGUAAUUAAAU